UUGGCUUUGAGAACUUGAUGAGUUGUAGUCACUGUGUGAGUAUGUAGCUUUCUUUCAACAAGCUUUGGAUGUUUCCUUAAUUCCCGUCGGCUGUUAGGAGGGUUUUAUUGCUUUUUUCUUCUUCUUGGUUUUUGAUAUUCUGAGCAAAACAACUCGGUUUUGAUGAUUUCAGGAUGUGGGUUUCCAUAGUUUUGAGCUUUGGUUAAGCACAAAGCGCUGUUAUACGUUUCAUCUAUCGUCUAUUAUCUUUUCUUGGGAAAGAAAUGGAGGGGUAUAGAAGGAAGGAUGAGGUCUGUCCACAGUUGCUUGAUUUGAUUCCAAAAGAGAGAGAAUGGGUUGUGAAAGGAGAAGAAAAAAGAAGCCAUGGACUUUCAGAGGAUAAAAAGCUCGAGCUAAGGCUUGGUCCACCAGGCGAUGACUGGACCACCAAAAAUACUUCCAAAACCAACCCUGUACAAGGAGAUGAGUCUCUUCAUACUAUUGGGUACCCAAACACCUCGUCUAGUGCAAAGAGAGGGUACAUAGAAGCUAGUUGGAUCAUGAACAACAAAGGAAGCCAAAGCCAGAAAUUUUCUUCUUCUGAGAGUCCAACUGAGACUGUGUUGCCAUCUCCAUGGUCAUCUUCAGGUAAUUACCAGGUUAAAGCCCAGCAACAGCAGACAAAGGCUCCAUUUCUUCAGCUCAAAUCAACCCCACAAAGCUUGCCUGUUAUGGCAAAGGAAUCGUCACAGCCAUGUUGUACUAAAGUGGUAGACUUGCAGAGUGCAGAAAAGAAGACAUUUUCUCCGGCGCCUGCAAAUACAGCUGUGCCCAACAGCUCUCAGAAAAGAUCUGCUCCUACUUCGGUUGUGGGGUGGCCUCCAAUUCGUUCAUUUAGGAAGAAUCUUGCCAGUAGCAACUCUUCAAAGCCCUCCCCCGAGUGUCAAAAAGUGGUCCCAAACAAGGUUGCCAACGAGAAACCGCUUGGAACUGGUCCAAAAGGUUUGUUUGUGAAGAUCAAUAUGGAUGGAGUCCCUAUUGGAAGAAAAGUGAAUCUUAAAGCCUACGACUGCUAUGAUAAGCUCUCCUCUGCUGUUGAUGAACUCUUUAGAGACCUUCUUGCAGCUCAAAGAGAUCCCUCUGCUGGUGGAAUCGAUAACAACCAAGUGGACAAGAAACCUAUUACGGGUCUAUCAGAUGGAAGCGGUGAAUUUACACUCGUGUAUGAGGAUAAUGAAGGAGACGGGAUGCUUGUUGGGGAUGUCCCAUGGCACAUGUUUGUAUCUACUGUAAAAAGGCUGCGUGUGUUGAAAAGCUCCGAACUUACCACUCUAUGCCUUGGCAGCAAGCAAGAAAAGCUUCCAUUAGAUGCUUCAUGAAUUAGAAAAGCUUCUAUGUGGAGUCUUUACUAAAGAUUGAAAGAGACUUGUCUCGUGAUUAUCAUUUGACAUUUUGGGUUAUAUUUUCUGUGUGUUAAGGAGAGAAGGAGGCGUACCUAGUUUUAUCACAACUGCAGCUAAUUGUACUAUGGUAGGAGGAUGGAUAGACUUGUUUCUAUGAAUGUUUUGCUUAUUUUGCUCUCUUGGCUCGGGUGUAAAGAAAUGAAUGAUGAGCUAGACAUUUGAGUGCAUGCGUUUUCUGGAGAUGCAAUGGCAGUAGUGAACCAGGCGUUGUAAAGGUUUUUUUACUGUUU